AUGUUGCUGGAGUCUGAUGCCAGUCAGCUCAGCCAGAGGUCUGGGAAGGGGCGUGUAUGCAGUCCAGCAACACCCCCAGGGCAGCUGAUGUUGCCCACCCUGCGCUCACAGUCUGGCUUCAGCUGUGAGAGGGAUGGACUGAAUUGGGGGGGGCACGCAGGUGGGUAACCGAGAUGAUGCCCCCUCGAUGUUCUUGGGCUCCUGACUCCCAUCCGCCCUAAAGAUCCGGCCUCAUGGGAGUGGUAAAGGUAAAGUUCCAGUCGUGACCGACUCUGGGGUUGCGGCACUCAUCUCGCUUUACUGGCUGAGGGUGCCGGCGUACAGCCUCCGGGUCAUGUGGCCAGCAGGACUAAGCCGCUUCUGGCGAAGCAGAGCAGCGCACGGAAACGCCGUUUACCUUCCCGCCGGAGUGGUACCUAUUUAUCUACUUGCACUUUGACGUGCUUUUGAACUGAACUGCUAGGUUGGCAGGAGCAGGGACCGAGCAACGGGAGCUCACCCCGUCGCAGGGAUUCGAACCAACCUUCCAAUCAGCAAGCCCUAGGCUCUGUGGUUUAGACCACAGCGCCACCCGCAUCCCUUCAUGGGAGUUGUAGCCUGCCACAAACUAACUCUUCCCUGCUUCAUCCUAACCCGGGGAUGAGACGUCUCGCGAUGCCGUUUUACAAACCUCUGCUGCGGUCGCAUUUGUCCAGUUCUGAUCGCCUUGUCUGAAAAAGGAUAUUGCAGAGUGGGAAAUGCUCAGAAAAGCACGGGCAAAACCCAGCAAGGGGAUGGAAAGACGACUCUUUGAAUCCCAGGUGCUGGAAAGCACUGGGGGGUGGGGAGCGUUGCUCUCUCACUCGUAUCCUGCUUGUGGGGUUCCCUUUGGGACCACUGAUUGGCCGCUGUGAGAACUGGAGGAUGGACUCGAUGGGCCCUGGGCCUGAUCCAGCAAGUUCUGCUUACAUUCCCAUGAGAGAGGGCAGAGUUGGCAGAGAGAGAUUGCCCCUCCGGUGCCCUCCUGCAGGCCCUUCCUGGCCAACGGGUUAAUCCCCCCCUCCCGCACCCAUUGGCUUGCCAGGCACCCUUUGCUUGGCUCGGUGGGGUGUAAGAGACAGAAACAGAGAGAAUGAGCGCCAACUUAGAGAGUCACACAGAGCCACUGGUUUCAUCUUGGCUCAGUGGUGAGGAAUAACAAGUUGCAGCCCAGCCCCACUCUGCUUAGGCCCCUGUCAGAUGCUGCCUAUUCCUUCCCUUACUGCAGUGACAGCCCCACGACUGAGUGAGGAUUCAAACCCAGGUCUCUCCCAGGUCCUAGUCCCCCACGCUAACUGCUGUGCCACACUGGCCCUCCCAUUCAGACAGUAAGAUCUAGAUUACAAGGGUCAGGAAACUUUUUCAACAGGGGGCUGGUCCACUGUCCCUCAGAUCUUGUGGGGGGCCAGACUAUCUAUCUAUCUAUCUAUCUAUCUAUCUAUCUAUCUAUCUAUCUAUAUGGGGGGGGGGAUGAACCAAUCCCUAUGCCCCACAAAUAACCCAGAGAUGCAUUUUAAAUAAAAGGACACAUUCUACUCAUGUUAAAACGCUGAUUCCCGGACCGUCCGCGGGCCGGAUUGAGAAGGCGAUUGGGCCUUAGUUUGCCUACCCAUGAUCUAGAAACUUGCUUUAAAAAAAUAAGAAUAAAAUCUGUAGCUGCCAAGACGAUGCACCCUGGUAGUGACCACCAAGGCUGCUUGAACCCCCAGCAACAGCCUGCCUCUUUUCCUCCUCCUUCCCACCGCAAUGACCCCGUGCAAAGGACAGCAGACUCCCUGCAUUGCAGCGGGUUGCGCUAGAUGACCCGGUGGGGUCCCUUCCAGCUUCCUAUGGCCGGGCGCUGCUGCCCUGCUCAAAAAAGGCGUAAGGAGAAGAAAGGUAGAAGGAACCCAAGGUUGCCCCCCCGAGGGAUGGGGAGAGCUGGCGAACUACAACUCCCAUCCUCCUGGGAUUUGUAGUCCGGUAGCCCCCCAUCCCUUCUCCGACAGGCGCUCCUCUUCGGCCUGCCUCGCAGGGGCGGCGGUGGCGGGUCUCCGCGCGCGCCGCGCUCUGCACAUGUUCAGAGAAGCGCCGCCACGCCUCCCCGGCCGAGCCUUUGGUCGGCGGCCGAGGCUCCUCCUCCCCGCGCAGCCGGGCUCGGGCUCGUCGGGCCGGCGAACAAAAGCGGAGGGCGGCGGAGGAGGAGGAGCGACGGAAGAAGGAGAAGAGGAGGAAGAAGAGGCCUCGCGGCGGCCGGAGGCGCGUUGAGGACUAGCCGCUUGCGGGGCGACACCGCAUCCCUCCCGGCGAGCCGAGGUACGAGGGACGGAAUGGGGGACCCCCGGGUCACCAGGGGGCGCAGGCUGGACCCCUAAAUCCCUGGACCCCUCUUACCGGGGGGGGGGUUUACCGCAAUGGCUCCCCUGAUCGCCCCCCUGCAGUCCUGGACCCCUCCUCCCGGGGAGCCCUCCCGCAAUGGGCGCCCCUCUUUCAGACCCCCCAAAACAAUCGCGCCGGUUCUCCGGCCAACUUGGGAAACUCGCCUUUUCCUUGCGCGCGCGCGCAGGGGGUGCUUUUUGGGUGGCCCCGAGGCUGCUCUGUGUGUUUGGGAGGGGUCCCGGUCCCUCUCCUGGUCGCCCCCCUUUCCCUCUUUUUAUUUUAUCUCUGCCAUUCCCCCCCAUCCCUUUCCCCAGGAGGCUGGGGGGGGGGUCCCCGCCGUCCUGGUUCUCCCCUUCCUCCUUUAACCCCCCCUGCAAGGUGGAUUCGGCUCAGAGAGGCAGCGGCUGGCCCUCCAGGUGAAGUCCGGGAGGGGGGUGGGUGGGAUUUGAACCCAUGUCCCUCAGCUCUGAUCUCCACCGCAACCCUGUGAGGUAGGUCUGGCUUUGAAAGGCGGCAAACUGAGCCAAGUGGGAUGAUUUGAACCCGUGCCCAGAGCAGUUUGGGUGGGGAAGGGGAUGUUGCCCUGGUGCAGAUCUUGGCCUUGACCUUACCUGCCUUUCUCCCCCCCCCAUAUUAGGCAAGGGGGCUGAGCACCCCCCAACGGCAACAUGGCACCCUCAAGAGCUUCUUCUCCGUGACCUGCCUUCCUGCCCCCACCUGAAUCCGCCCCGGCCGCAAGAUGGCGCCGGCCCCCGCCUGCUCCCGGGACAUGCCAUGGAGGAGUCGCGCCCACCGGACGCCGCGCUAGGGUUACCCCCCUGCCAGAGGAUGGGUCGGGGCAGCCAGGGCAGAGAGGCCUGCCCGCUGGAGGGCGAAGGGGCAGCCGUGGGGAGCCUCCUCCUGUUGGCACUCAACGGGCAUCCAAAACGCCGUAGGGCAGAGCCCGGCAGCGACAAGGACGACCCUGCAGGCGAAGGGGCGGCCAAGCGUCACCGAGAAGCCCCCCCGGACCCCCGGGCACCCCCCUCGGGGCACCUGGCGCUGGACUACGUGGUGCCCUGCAUGAACUUUUACGGGAUCUGCGUCAAGGACUCGUUCCUCGGGGAGGUUCUGGGCGCCCGGAUUCUGGCGGAGGUGGAGGGGCUGCACCGCAGUGGCAAGUUCCGCGACGGGCAGCUGGUCAGCCAGAGGGCGGUGCCCCCCCACGCCAUCCGGGGGGACCAGAUCGCCUGGGUGGAGGGCUGGGAGCCUGGGUGCCGCGCCAUUGGAGAACUCAUGGCGCACGUCGACCGGCUCAUGCUUCAAUGCGCCGGCAAGCUGGGCACCUACGACAUCCGCGGACGGACAAAGGUGAGUUCCGGAGGGGCCCCCCAGGGCUCAUCUAGUCCAACCCCUGCAAUGCAGGACUCCCGGCUCUCUGUGUGCAUGUGCAGAGUGCAUUUCCCUCGCUGCGUAAAGUAGGUUCCUACAAAAUGCUUUGCUUUCUUGUCCCUGUGUUGGCCUAGAGGGGGCACAUCUUGCUUCCGGUGGGUGGGUGGGUGUCUGCGUUGGCCUUUUGGAACUCUGCACGGGAGCAGAGGACUCUUUUUUUUCUGCUUUGCCCAUGUGCGAGGUGGCAUCGUGGGAGGGGGUUUGGGUCGUGUUGCGUCCGUGCUUCUGAAUGUGCAGUUGGUGCAGACAUUUAGGUUGGGAAAGCCAUCCUAUCGCCCUGGAAUUGUGUAUCUGAAAGGGACCCCUAAGGGUCAUCCAUUCCAACCCGCUGCAAUGCAGCAAUUGUGGCUGAAGAAUCCCUGAGAGACGGCCGUCUGACUUCUGCUUAGAAACCUCCGCGGCUCCACCAUUGAGCAGCUUCUUGGCAAGCCCUUCCUCGUAAUAAUAUUGAUCUUACCCCCUGAAACAGCAGAAAACAAGCUUGCCCCAUCUUUAUUCCUGCAUGGCAGCGGGUUGGCCUGGAUGACCUUUGGGGGUCCCUUCCAGGUGUACGAUUCUAGAAUCACAGAACUGUAGCGUUGGAAGGGACCCUGAGGGUCAUCCAGUCCAACCCGCUGCAAGGCAGGAAUAUUUUGCCCCACUUGGGGCUCGAACCCACAACUCUGAGAUUAAUUGUCUGAAAUGUGAUGUUGGGGCCAGGAGCUCCCCAAGGCUUUCCCCCGCUCUGUGCCCCCCACCCAGCAACAGCUGGACCUUUGGUGGAAACGCUCUGCUGUUGCGGACGCCGGCGACCUCUGGGCCAGGCAGGGCAGGUCCUGGGGGGGUCCUGGGCCCUCCUGCAUUUGGGGUGGGGGUCUGAGAGGAGGAGGAGGGGGCUCCCAGGUGCAUUGCACCCUUCCACACCCCGUGUUGCCUCUUUGGGGUGCCUGUUAGGGGUCGCUAACUUAUCCCACCUGCCAGAGGGAGGUGGGAGCCUUUUCCUGUCUCUGGGGGGUGGCUGGGGGUGUCUUUUUCCGCUUUCCUGGAAAGACAGAAGCUGGCAGAGGCAGUGUCGGCCGGACGAGAACUGUGUCUGUUGUGUAACUAGCGCACAGAUAGUUGUGGGGUCCCUGGAGAAGGUGGAUUUUGGAAUCACUGUGGAAUGCACAGCGGGGAAAGAGUGUCUCUGAGGACGUCUAGGGUGCAUUUCUAAGAAACAGCAGCCAACUCACCCUCCUGUGUUCCUGGAACUGGGGGAGGAGCUGAGCCGCUUGGUGUUUGUGUGCUCUGUGGGGCAGGGAAGGGGGCUAGACAGUCUUGUGAUGCUGCUCCUAUCAUUUCCGCAAAGAACUUUGCCCCGCUCUCUCUCCUGUUGCAACCGGCGCCGUCGUUCUGACCUUCUCCCAGCCCGCCUUUCCCUAAAUCGUAGGAUCGUUGAGUCGAAGGGCACCCCCAGCGGUCAUCUAGCCCAACCCGCUUCAAGGCAGGAAUCCCAGCUGAGGGGUCCCUGACAGGGGGCCCUUCAAACUCUGCUUCAUUCUCUGCUUCAAGCAGCCCUUCUUACUACAGUGGUACCUCGCAAGACGAGAAACUCGCUAGACGAAAGGGUUUUCCGUUUUUUGAGUCGCUUCGCAAGACGAAUUUCCCUAUGGGCUUGCUUUGCAAGACAAAACGUCUUGCGAGUUCUUGCGAGUUUGUUUCCUUUUUCUUAAAGCCGCUAAGCCGCUAAGCCGUUAAUAGCCGCUAAGCCGCUAAUAGCCGUGCUUCGCAAGACGAAAAAACCGCAAGACGAAGAGACUCGCGGAACGGAUUAAUUUCGUCUUGCGAGGCACCACUGUAUCAGAAAGUUCUUCCGGGUAUUGAGUUGGAAUCUUCUUUCUUGCAAGUUGAAGCCAUGGGUUCAAAUCUUUCCUUCCGGAGCAAUCUGGGGUCUGGCUUGGUUGCUCUAUUGAAAGGGAAAAGGGCUCUGUGUACGCUCAGAGGGCCCCUCACUUGCGAGUUAUUUUUAUUCUCACUUUAUUUAUUAAAUUUAUAUACCACCCUUUUAUCUGAAGAUCACAGGGCAGUUGACAAUAUAAAAACACAAACAAACAAACAAACAAACAAACAUUACCCCCCCCCCCUUGACACAUUUAGUUUAACAGUCAAAGGCCUGGUUAAAUGGGAAUGUUUUUUGCCUGGUGCCUGAAGAUGUGCAGUAAAGUCCCCAGGCAAACCUCCCUGGGGAGAGUCUUCCACGAACGGGGAGCCACCCCACAAAAGACCCUGCUCUCGUGCUGCCAGACCUCUCCUCCAGACGGGCAUCGGAUGAUAACCAGAGGAUCUGGGUGGGUUCAUAUGGGGAGAGGCGGCCCUUGAGAUAUUGCGGUUCCUCGGCAAAACCGGCACUUUGGAGGGGGCCCAGAAACCGAUUGGCAGCCGGCGCAGUCCGUCUUGGCCCGGUGAGCAGCCUGGCGGCCCAAUUCUGCUCCCGCUGGAGUUUCUGAGCCGUCCUUGGAGGAAGCCCCAUGCAGAAGACCUUGCAGUAAUCCAGAAUAAAUGCUGACAGCCGUUUCCCUGCCGGGACCCUCUGCCUCAAACGAGUGCUGGGGCUUAGCUGCGAAGACUGCUUGGCUCAGAGCCAUCCUGGAAAGCUCUUCGCGCCCGGAUCGGUGUCAGGAGCCACCCGGGCUGACCCUGUGGCUUUUUUGGCAACCCCGUCUGCCCCCUUUUGUCAAGGUCCCUGGCUGACCCCCGGCUCCCUCCCUCCCAGUGGGCAAAAUUGCUGAUGGAAGCCGAUUUGCCCGACCAGCACAGAGCUCUUCCCCUCUCGCCUCUUCCCUCUGUUUUUGGUUUUUCCUGCAACGUUGGCAGGAUCUUUUAUUUUUUGGGGGUGGGGGUGGGUUGCAGGGGGCUGGCAUGGGGGAUGCCGCAUUCGCCCCUGGAGGCAGCCCUGACUCUUUGCUCCCCCUUUCCCGAUAUGGAGAGGGAUUUGUGAAUUCUAGGGAAGGCCCUGGCUGCCUCCAUCUCUUUCCUGGAAUCAGAGAGAAAUUUGCAGCCCUCCAGCUGGUACUGAUCUGCAAAGCCUGCCAUUCUCCCUGCCUUCUGGGAGUUGGAAUUUGAUCGCAUCGGGGGGGGGGGGUUUGCUGAGGACGGCAUAAUAUUUUUUGGGGGGAGGCAAGGUGGGGUAGAGGCAGUGUUAGAAACCCAGAUUUAUAAGCGAAUCGGAAUGCCUGGGUGCCAUUUAUUGGAAUUUAUUGUGAUUUAUUUAUUUAUUUAUUUAUUUAUUAAAUAAUAUUUAUUAAAGUUUCAAAAAAUACAAAAAAUACAGAAUACAGAAAAAGAAAAAAAAUAAAGUUUUUAAAAUAUAGCCAAAAAGAUAAAAAAUAAAAAGAAACAUACCAAAUAAAACAGUUAAAAAGACAUUAAUUUUCCAUAACCUAUCUUCCCUAUACAUAUUUCCCCGGACCUCCUCAUACCUCCCUUUUUUGUAUUCCAGUUCAAUUUGUUAGUUCAGCAAAUCCUUACCAUUAAGCUUUUACCCAAUUGCAAACCUUUUUUCAUGUCUCUUAAGGCAUUACAGCUAAAAACCUCUUAGUUUCUAUCCAACAUCCUUCUAAGAUUCCUUAAUUUUACAAUAUUUCUGUAAAUAGUCUUUAAAUUUCUUCCAGUCUUCUUUCACCGACUCUUCUCUCUGGUCUCUUCUCUCUUGUGAUUUAUUUAUUAUUCAUUUCAUUCUACUGCGCUUCAUAUUUUAAAGGGGGAUAAACACCUCAAAGCGGUUUAUAACACGUUAAAACAUCAAAUAAAACAAUCCAGAAUAAGCCAGAUUCAAGCUUCAAGGAAAAUAUUUCAGAUCCUUCUCUAAGUGACGUUUGGCUUUCUCCAUAUUUAUUCACCUACUUAGUUUCUUGAGCUGCCCCAUAGCAGAAGUCCCUUAGGAAGCCAUUGUGGUGUAGUGGUUCCAGCGUCGGACCUGGGAGAUCAGGGUUCGAAUCCCCGCUCUGUCAUGAAGCUCACUGGGUCACCUUGGAGUCAGUCGCAGCCUCAUAACCUCCCUCACAGGGUCGUUGUAGGGAGCAGCUAGACUGGUGACUGGGAGCGGCCGCCAAGACCACAUAACACCAGUCUUGAAAGACCUACAUUGGCUCCCAGUACGUUUCCAAGCACAAUUCAAAGUGUUGGUGCUGACCUUGAAAGCCCUAAACGGCCUCGGCCCUGGAUACCUGAAGGAGCGUCUCCACCCCCAUAGUUCAGCCUGGACACUGAGAUCCAGCUGCGAGGGCCUUCAGGCGGUUCCCUCAUUGCGAGAAGCCAAGUUACAGGGAACCAGGCAGAGGGCCUUCUUGGUGGUGGCUCCCGCCCUGUGGAACGCCCUCGCAGCAGAUGUCAAAGAGAUAAACAACUACCUAACUUUUAGAAGACAUCUGAAGGCAGCCCGGUUCAGGGAAGUUUUUAAUGUGUGACAUUUUAAUGUAUUUUUAAUCUUUGUUGGAAGCCGCCCAGAGUGGCUGGGGAAGUACAAAUAAAUAAUACUGAUAUUAAUAAUAAUAAUAAUAAUAAUAAUAAUAAUAAUAAUAAUAAUACAGUGGUACCUCAGGUUAAGAACUUAAUUCGCUCCGGAGGUCUGUUCUUAACCUGAAACUGUUCUUAACCUGAAGCACCACUUUAGCUAAUGGGGCCUCCCGCUGCUGCCACCAUGCAAUUUCUGUUCUCAUCCUGAAGCAAAGUUCUUAACCUGAAGCACUAUUUCUGGGUUAGUGGAGUCUGUAACCUGAAGUGUAUGUAACCCGAGGUACCACUGUAAUAAUAAUAAUAAUAAUUAAUAAUAAUAAUAAACGGAGGAGGGGGUGAGCCAUGUGCCAACUUGGCACCCAGAGAUCUCCACUGGGUUGCAAUCGGACCCAGGGCAGUUGCAAAACAUGCCUGGCGAAUUUCGAACUCUGGACCAAGUGACCCUGAAGCGUGCCUGUGCUCUGGCCGGUGCACCACUGUGGGGCUGGCUUGAGGGAGGUAUGUUCUCUCCUCCGCCCCUGGGGGGGUGGGGGUGCCGGCUGGAUUCCUGCAUUGCGGGGGGUUGGACUAGAUGGCCUCUGGGGGUCCCUUCCUUGUGGCAACUGAAAGGCAAGCAUAUUAAUUGAGGUGGGGCCCCCAGUGCCGUCCUCUCCAACGAUCCCCUAAUGCGGACUCCGCAAUAAAAUCCACAGGGGCCUCUGUUUUUACUGCAGAAGCUGCGAUGGUGAGGCCUCCCCUCCUGCCCCACCAGCUUCCAUGGGGCUCAGCUGCGUUGGCCCCCUUCUCACUCUUUGGAAAGUGCUCCUGCACAGACACCCUGGUGCAGGAGACUUGCCUUAGGCAUGUUCCCACGGGGGCGGCAGCCUCAGGCCAAAGGGAGGUUCUUGCUGCCCAGGACUCCUGGGUCCUCUUCUUUGACCAUGGGGAGGGCCUGAGAGUCCAAAGUUUUUCCUUACUGGGGUGCAGAAAGGGGGCAGGGGGAGGAAGCCCAAAUUCCUGGAUUCCAACCCCAUCUCCCCCAAAAAGCCGGGGAGCAACUGGGCGAGCCGAUCCGAUUUUAUAUUUUUAUUCUGCUUUCCAGCGAACCCUGAGCUCCCUGUGAUUCACAACAGCCUUUCAAAAAGCCACAGAGAUCAAACGCAGCUGCAGAUUCGCCGCAGCAAUUAAUGCCGUUCGGUCGAGUCGCAGCCACUCCGAGCGUUGCCAGGAUACUUCCUCCAGAAGGGUGGGACAUGGUCCAGAGGCUGCUUAUCGCAUCCUUUGUUCCCCUGCACCCCCACUGCGGUGGGUGCAAAAAUUGAGGCCUUGCCAGCCUGCCAGAGAGCUGAUUCUUGGCUUGACUCGGUGUGUGAUUGUGUGGGGUCUCCCUCCAUGUCCUGGCACGACCCCUGCAGGCGCCUAGCGCAGGGGAAACCGAGGCACAGCAGGCCACCUCCCCUUCCCGCCGCCUCCUGAAGUGCAAAGGGGCUCAUUAUCUGGAGGCGUCUAAGGGCAGAGCUGAGCCGUGUCCUCGGCUGACCCCGCCGGCAGCCUUCCACGCCUUGGUCCGAGAGCAGAUCCUGCGUCACGGGGACUUCAUGUCCUUGGUGCUACCGGGAAUGCGAGGGAACAGGACGCACCGGCCUUUGGCCACCUGGGGGGGGGGGAAGAGAGAGAUUACAGCCUCUCUCGCCUCCUUCUCUGCCCCCCCUUCUGCCGUGGACUUUCUUGCAGGGUUGGGAAGCGGUGGGAGUUUGCCGCUGGCUUUGCUUGCAACCCCACUUUAUUUUUGUUUGUUUGUUGGGGGGCAGAGAUCUGUUGGAAAAUCAUUUGGCCCCCUCCUGCCCAGCGUCUCCCUCCUGGCCAGGCAGCAAACGGUGACCCUUUCUUGUCUCUCUCUCCACCCCCCCCUCCAAAAUCUCAGGUGCCAGCCUAAUAAUAAUAAUAAUAAUAAUAAUAAUAAUAAUAAUAUUCAUAGGCCAACCACCUUCCAAUCUUCACUGCCUUCUUCAUAAUAAUAUUAAUAAUAUAUUUUUUUAUUUAUAUCCCACCCUCCCCAGCCGAAGCCGGGCUCAGAGCGGCUAACAACAGUAAAAUGAUAAAACAUUAUAAAAUCAUUUCAUUAUAAAAUUAAUUCCAACCAGAUUUCAUUUCUCAAGCUUUCUCCCCUCCAGAAUCUCCUCUCCAGGGCUUUGACUUUUGAAGUAGUUUUGCUGUUCCCCCGCUUUCCGUUUUAGCAGCGGAGAGGGGCCCCUGGGCAUACGCAGAAUUCUUUUUGCUCGGGGUGGAGGGACCCUAAAAAGGUGUCGCGUGUUUUGGAUUUGCACGCGGGGCGUUUGUGGGAGCGCAUCCCGCCUUUGUCUUGCAGGGACGAGGGGCUCCUAGUGCAGGGAAGAAGUACCCCAAGGAAGCUCUGGGGGGAAGGGAGGGAGCAAGCUCUUGGGGUCAGGAGCCCCCUGGCGGCCUUGGGGACCCCUCAAACUGUGCUCAGGAUGGAGGCUUGGCUUCUGCUGUGCUCAAAGGCAGGGGAGUCUUUCAUAAAUUACAGUCACACCUCGGGUUGAAGUUGUUUCAUGUUGAGCGUUUUCGGGUUGCGCUCCACGGCGACCCGGAAGUAACGGAACGUGUUACUUCCGGGUUUCGCCGCUCGCGCAUGUGCAGAUGUUCAAAAUGACGUCAUGCGCAUGUGCGGAAGCGGCGAAUUGUGACACGCGCAGACAAGGGUUGCGUUUACUUCAGGAUGCGGACGGGGCUCUGGAACGGAUCCCGUUCGUAUCGCUGUAUAUUGAAUUGUUUUUAAUGUGUUUUGAUGCAGUAACCUACCCGGGGUCCCUUAUGAGGAAGGGCAGGUUAUCAAUAUAUAAUCAAUUAUCAUUUUUAACUAUAGUUACCCUUGCUAACUUUUUAAAUUAUUUUAAAUUAUUUUUAUUACCAAUUGUUAAUCGUGGUUAAUUAUUUUUAAAAUUAUAUUCUAAUGAAUAAUAAUAAUAAUAAUAAUAAUAAACUAAAUCCUGAAAAGGCAGAGAGGUGCUGUAUCCCAGUUUCUCAAGUCUAGGUUGGGGGGCUGUGCUCCCCUGCACUUUGGGGGGGCUCCUGGAUUCCCCUCUGUCCCUGGGAGGCUCAGGGGGCCUCGGUAUUGGGGACACACACACUUUUAUCUCCAUCUACAGCCCCUUUUGGACAGAGCUGACUUGGCCACUACAACUCCAUGCUCUGGCAAUUUCCAGGCUGGAUUACUACAAUGCGCUCCUCCUGGACCUGCCCUUGAAGACUGCUGAGAAACUUCGGUCAGUCCCAAACACGGCAGCCCGAUUCCUGUCCAGGAUUCUCUUUAGAUCUCCUAUGAGCUCCGAUUUAAAGCAGCUGCUCUGGUUGCUGGUUCUUUUCCGGACCUAAUUCGAGGUCCUCUGUCCUCUCCCCCAUGCUUUUCAACAUCUACAUGGGAGAGAUCAUCAGGGGGUUUGGGCUGGGUGUCCAUCAGCAUGCGGAUGAUACCCAGCUCUACCUCUCUUUCAAAUCAGAACCAGUGAAGGCGGUGAAGGUCCUGUGUGAGUGUCUGGAGGCGGCUGGAGGAUGGAUGGCGGCUAAUGGAUUGAGGUUGAAUCCUGACAAGACAGAAGUACUGAUUUUGGGGGGACAGGAGGCGGGCUGGUGUGGAGGACUCCCUGGUCCUGAAUGGGGUAACUGUGCCCCUGAAGGACCAGGUGUGCAGCCUGGGAGUCAUUCUGGACUCACAGCUGUCCAUGGAGGCGCAGGUCAUUUCUGUGUCCAGGGUAGCUGUUUAUCAGCUCCAUCUGGUAUGCAGGAUGAGACCCUCCCUGCCCUCAGACUGUCUCACCAGAGUGGUGCAUGCUCUAGUUAUCUCCCACUUGGACUACUGCCAUGCGCUCUACGUGGGGCUACCUUUGAAGGUGACCCGGAAACUGCAACUAAUCCAGAAUGUGGCAGCUAGACUGGUGACUGGGAGUGGGCGCUGAGACCAUAUAACACCGGUCUUGAAAGACCUACACUGGCUCCCAGUACGUUUCCAAGCACAAUUCAAAGUGUUGGUGCUGACAUUUAAAGCCCUAAAUGGCCUCGGUCCAGUAUACCUGAAGGAACGUCUCCACCUCCAUCGUUCUGCCCAGAGACUGAGGUCCAGUGCCGAGGGCCUUCUGGUGGUUCCCUCACUGCGAGAAGCCAAGUUACAGGGAACCAGGCAGAGGGCCUUCUCGGUAGUGGCACCCGCCCUCUGGAACGCCCUCCCACCAGAUGUCAAAGAGAAAAAUAACUACCAAACUUUUAGAAGACAUCUGAAGGCAGCCCUGUUUAGGGAAGCUUUUAAUGUUUAAUAGGUUAUUGUAUUUUAGUGUUUUGUGGGAGGCCGCCCAGAGUGGCUGGGGAGUCCCAGCCAGAUGGGCAGGGUAUAAAUAAUGAAUUAUUAUUAUUAUUAUUAUUAUUAUUAUUAUUAUUUAAACACCUGUGAGCAGGUGUUUAAAGCCCUGGGCGACUCGGGACCCCAAAACCUGAACGUCUUGCCUCCUUUGCCGCAGACCCUUUUGGGUGCUGAGACGGGCACCUUGCUGCUUCCUCCGGCUGUAGGGGCUCCAGGUGGGUGGGUGGGUGGCAGCCCAGGGGGAGGAGAGGGUCUUCUCUUGAGGCCCCUUGGCUUGGGGACCCGCUCCCCACAGAGAUGUGCCUGCCACCUUCCUUGCACUGCUUUCAUCUUUUGCUGAAGACUCACCUGUUUGCUCUGUCUCUCGGCAUUCAAGGUGCAUGUUUCUAGGGACCCACCUUAUAGCGGGAAGCUAUCCUAAACUGCUUUUAAUAAUGUGCUUUAAUUCUUGCAUGUUAGGAUGUCGGGGAGAAGGGCAGGCAAGGAAUAGGUGGACAAAAAGGUAAAGGUAAAGGGACCCCUGACCAUUAGGUCCAGUCGUGGCCGACUCUGGGGUUACGGCGCUCAUCUCGCUUUAUUGGCCGAGGGAGCCGGCGUACAGCUUCCGGGUCAUGUGGCCAGCAUGACUAAGCCACUUCUGGUGAACCAGAGCAGCGCACAGAAACACCAUUUACCUUCCCGCCGGAGUGGUACCUAUUUAUCUACUUGCACUUUGACGUGCUUUCGAACUGCUAGGUUGGCAGGAGCAGGGACUGAGCAAUGGGAGCUCACCCCAUCGUGGGGAUUCGAACUGCUGACCUGAUCGGCAAGCCCUAGGCUCUGUGGUUUAACCCACAGCGCCACCCACAGCCGGCAAAUUCCUGCCUUUCUCGGGGUUGGUAUAGAUGAUCCCUUGGUUCCCUUCCAACUCGAACAUGCCAAGAUUCCAUGAAAGGAUUUGGUCUUUCUGCCCAAGUGGUUCCGGACUCCGACUUGUGUUGUUUUAACAAUCUCACACCCCCAAAUUCCUUGUGUCUGUCUGCCUGCCUGCCUCCCUCUCCCAUUUCCUUUCCUGCUCGCCCCCCGAUGCAUGCUGCCCCCUAGGAAAAGCUACAGACUGGCCUCCUCCGCUGUUGCCCACCCGGCCCCAGAGUGGGGGUUGCUAGGGGGUGGGCGCUUUGGAAAUUCAGCUCCCCAUCUGCCCCAUGCAGACCGCUUUCCAAAAGGGAGAAUACGGGCUUUGGCUCCUUGUUUUUGCUUCCUGGUCGCCUGGAGGCGACUCUCCCUUCUCCAUAGGCGAACCGGGAGGCGGAGCUCCUAGCAGGGGGGGCGGAGCUGGGAAGAGGCGGCCCUGGAGCUGUGUUUGGUCCAACCCCUGGCAUUGACCCCUCCCUCCUCUCCCUUCCCCCCUCCCCUCCAGGCCAUGGUGGCAUGUUACCCCGGCAACGGCAGGGGGUACCUGCGCCAUGUGGACAACCCUCACGGAGACGGGCGCUGCGUCACUUGCAUCUAUUACCUAAACCGGCACUGGGACAGCAAGGUACGUGGGGGAGGGGGGGGUCUCUGCACCUGCCACCUGCCCCUCUGUCCACACCCCCGGUCUCAUGCAUGGCACACAUUUCCUCUUCCCGGACGCCCUGCCCUCUGUUCUGUGCCCCUUCCUCUGCCCCCUCCAGCAGGCAAAACUCCUGUGCUCAGGGGGCCGACCCUGCGGAGUAGGACGCCUGGGUUCCCCCAGCAGCCUAGGACUCCGGGGUCCUGCUCUCGGCUUGCGGAAGAAGAAAGUUUGGAGGCAAAGCACGCAGGGCUCAGUCCUGGGACCACAAGAAGCACCGAUAGAAAGCGUGUGCCUCUGAGCAUAUGCAGAGUGCCUGCCCAGUGUCGGUGGACUGCAGGGACUGGGCUUCGACUGUCUGGUGCACACGGAAAGUCCCAGCCAAAGUCUUUUGGCAGUGGGGUCUUUCCGCCAGGACUCCCGGGUUCUUUCUGUUGCGGAGGCUCAGCGGAGAGCUUAUGAAAGGGGAAGGUCUCUGCCGAGAGUGGGCCUGAUCCGUGAAGCUUCUGGUCCAACCUCCUGUCCUCACAGUGGCCAAAGAGCCCAUAGAAACUAGGAAUCGUGAUAGACUGCUCCUGCAGCUGGAGGUUCCAUAACAGCAAAAGAAGAGCCUGGCUGCUGGAUCAGGCCAAAGGGGGCCCAUCGAGUCCGGCAUCCUGUCCUCACAGUGGCCCACCAAGCACAAGAGCAACUCUCCCUUCCUGGGGUUUCCAGACACUGGGAUUCAGAGGCUGAGCAGAGCCUUUGCGGCCAGUAGCCACCGAGAGCCUUACUGAUUUCCAUGAAUUUGUCUGAUAUUUUGAAGCUGUGGCCCUCCCUCCCUCCAGUGGCAGAGAGUUCCACAGUCCAACUAUGUGGCACAUGAAGAACGAUUUCCUUUCAUCUGUCCUGAAUAUUCCGACUUGGCGUUAUGAGAGAAGGAGAAAAACGUCUGUCACGUCACAUCUUCACUCGGCUUUUCCCUAAACAGAGGACUCCCAAAUGCUGCAACCUUUUUCUCGUAGGGGAAAUUCCCUGGCUCUGUUCUGGUGUUGCAAGACAGAUGCGAACCCUCAAGCUACCUAGUCCAACAUUGUGAACUCCCCCCAAUUUGGCCAGCCAGAUACUCCUGGGGAAAACCCCUCAGGCAAUCGCCCUCCUCCCCAAAUGGGUAAAUGUGGUAGACUGCUUUUCUGCCUGGAAAUUCCAUUUUCACCAUCCUGGAUAAAAGUCCUGGAGCGAGGGAACUCCCCAUCCGUUUUGCAGCAGGGAAUUUCACAGGUCAAUUCUUUCUGGGUUUGCGGAGUGGAGGGGUGUGUGUGUGUAGGGGGGGGGAGAGACUCUGCCCCCCCACUCCCUUUCAAUAUUCCUGAUUUCCCGUCAUCCCUGAUCCUUGGUCAUGACAGCUGAGGCUAUGGGAGUUGGAGGCCCAUAUUUCUAGGAAAGAGAUUGAGAAUAAAAACGCCCAAAUCACAAGGCCGUUUUGCAAAAUCUGUGGUGCAACCGGAUUGGGGGUCCAGUGUCCCGUUCUGGUUGCCUCGUCUCAAAAUGGAUAUUGCAGAAAAGGUUGCAGCGUUCGGGACUUUUCAGGCUAUAGGAAAGGCGACCGAGAGGCAGGGGUGCCUUAGCGGAGAUUCCUGCAUUGCAGGGGGUUGGACUAGAAGACCUUUGGGGUCCCUUCCAACCUGACAAGUUUUUGGCCCCCCCCCAAUAACACUAGAACUGAUUGAUUGAUUGAUUGAUUGAUUGAUUGAUUGAAUAUACCGCCCUAUACCUGAAGGUCUCAGGGCAAGUUCCCAGAAAAGAACUCAAGGGCGUAUGACGAAGAUUCAGGACGGAUAAGUCUUUCUUCACGCAGCAGGAAGUUAAACUGCGGAACUCCCUUCCACUGGACGCAGCAUCGGCCAGAAACUUGGAUGUCUUUCAGAGAGGACUGGACCAAUUCCCAGAGGAAGAGGAGAGGGCUUAGGCUGGCUCCCAGCCAGGAUAGUUGUGCUCAGCCCUGGAGGCAGGGAACCCCAGGAUCUUGUGUUCGAAUCCUGCUUGGGGUUUCCCCCAGGCAUCUGUUCAGCCGCUGUGAGAACAGGAUGCUGGCCUGAUCCAUCCUCCAGACUCCUAUUCCUACUUGCAUCGGGUGGGGGGGGUGUAUGGGUGCCCACCCCCUAACCUGGAUCUCCAGGCAGCCUUGUUUAGGGAAGCUUUUAAUAUAUGAUGGAUUUUAAUAUUUUGUUGGAAGCUGCCCAGAGCGGCUGGGGGAACCCAGCCAGAUGGGCGGGGUAUAAAUAAUAAAUUAUUAUUAUUAUUAUUCCACAUCCAAGGUGCUCCCACUUGCACCCCAGAGCAACCUGGGCCCCAGUGCCUGGCUAGAGCAUCGCCCCAACUUCCUGCCCCCAGCCCCCAUCCUUGAGUUGUUGCGCUUGUCCUUCCGUGCCCCAGAUGCACCCAUCGGACCCCCCUCUUUGAGCUCCCUGAAUGCCCAGCCAGGAAGUCCCCUUGCAGUGGGGCACCCGUUAUUCUCACGCCCCCACCCAAGGGUGCCUGGGAGGGGCAGGAGGCGAAUGAAUGACUUGGGUGUCAGUUUCGCGCUGCCUUGGGGUCUGUCUGCGAAGGGACCCUUUGACGUCUCCCCGUCUGUGCCAGGUUCACGGUGGGAUCCUGCAGAUCUACCCCGAGGGACGCUCAGUGGUGGCCAACAUCGAGCCCAUCUUUGACCGGCUGCUCAUCUUCUGGUCCGACCGGCGCAACCCCCACGAAGUGAAGCCCGCCUACGCCACCAGGUAAUGGGGAGGGGGGUGGUUGCGACUCCUGGUCCGGCCGGCCGGGGGGUGUAAGCCGACGGCAGAGUUUGUCGGAUGCCAGAGCUGAGGCCUGUGCAGCAGUGCCUCUGAGGAUGCGCAGAGUGACUUUUAAAAAAUUAUUACCAAAAAAUGAUAACAAAGUGUGGGGGAUGAAGAAGAAUAAAAAAAACCUUAAGAUAUCAAUCGUCACAGCCUGGAGGGAGAAAAUUACAAAAGUAAAUUCCGAAGUUCCAAAGGGGUAGUAAUAAUUAUUUAUUUAUUUAUACCCUGCCCAUCUGGCUGGGUUUCCCCAGCCGCUCUGGGCGGCUUCCAACAAAAUAUUAAAAAUACAACAAAACACUUUGCAAAAGAUUUAUAUAAAAUAAAUAUAUUCUCCGCUUUUGAGUGCCAUCAGGGUUGAGAAUAAAGGUUCUACAUCGUCCUAAAUGAGCCAGACAUCUGCAUUUGGGGAAGCCUUAAAUGUUUGAUGUUUCAUUAUGUUUCUGUAUAUGUUGGAAGCCGCCCGCAGUGGGUCAGAUGGGCGGGGGUACAACUAAAAUAAUAAUAAUUAUUAUAAUUGCUUACAUUAUCUGUGAUUCCUGAAUGACAGGGGGUUGGACUAGAUGGCCCCUGAGGGGCCCUUCCAUAUUCUGAUUCUAUAUAUCAGUGGCUCUGAGCGACCAUAUGCCUCAAUCUUGCCAUAUAAAAAAAACCAACGGUCAUUUGAGCGCUGUCAUUAGAUGCUUUUAGUUUGUGAGAUAUAUUUUCUGUCUCCAAGAAGGACUUGCAACAGGUGAAAUGCCCUGAAGACUAGUAUAUAUAUAUUUAAUAAAUAAUAACAGUAAUUCCUCCUCUAACUCCCAGUCAGGAUGGAACCCCCUCCCUUUCCUCCUGCCCAUCCCUUUGUGUAUAUAUUAUUGCUGUUAUUUUAUUAUUAUUACAGUCAUACCUCAUGUUACGUUUGCUUCAUGAUACGUUUUUCAGGUUGCGUCCCGCAGUGACCCGGAAGUACCGGAAAGGGUUUUUUUUAAUGAUAUUUAUUAAGAUUUUUUGAAAUAUUACAGUGAAAAUGAAAAAGAAAAAAGAAAAAUACAAAAUAAAAACAGUUAAAAACACACAUAUUUUCUAUUACUUAUUUUCCUUUAGCUUGUUUCCCGGACCUCCUCGUACCUCCCUUUUUUGUAUUCCACUUCAAUUUAUUGGUUCAGCAAAUCCUUACCAUUAGAUUUUAACCCAUUUAUAACCCUUUUUUUUCAUAUUCUCUUAGAGCAUUACAGCUGGAAACCGCUUAAUUACUAUCCAACAUCAUUCUAUCAUUCAUUAAUUUUACAAUAUUUCUGUAAAUAGUCUUUAAAUUUCUUCCAAUCUUCUUCUUCUUCUUCGGAAAGGGUUACUUCCGGGUUUUGCCGCUUGCGCAUGCGCACAAGCGCCAAAUCGCGCCACGCACCUGCGCAAAUACGGCGCUUCAGGUUGCGGGCUUCUCAUGUUGCGAACGGGCCUCCGGAAUGGAUCCCGUUCGCAACCAGAGGUACCAGUAUAUUAUUAUUAUUAUUAUUAUUAUUAUUAAUGGUAUUCCUACUCUGCUCUUCAUUGAGUAUUUGGGGGCUUGGGCAAGGCUCUGAAGCAGUCCUCACUGGGCAGCAGCAGCAGCACCCUCCAGCCUUAGCUGUGAAAAAGGUGAGCAACGGAGUGCGUGCAGAGUGCCUUUGGGGAGCAGCCGCAAUCCUCCCCAACACUGGAUCUAGGAAUUGGGGGCAGGUUCCUUUUCCAUCCUGAGAAGAUCUCUUCCUUCCGCUUCUAGGAAACGAAGGCGGCCUUGCAGAAUAAUAAUAAUAAUAAUAAUAAUAAUAAUAAUAAUAAUAAUAAUAAAUAAUUUAUACCCUGCCCUCCACAGCCACGACCGGGCUCAGGGGGGGCUAACACCAGGUAUAAAAACAAUUGGUUAAAAUACAACUUAAAAACAAGAUUAAAAUACAACGUUAAAAUGCAGCCUCAUUUCAGUAGAAACUCAAAUCAAAAACUUUUUGGGGAUGAAAACGUCAAAUCUUCACCAAGGCCAGCUAUCCAGACUGGUCCUACGUGGGCCAGAAAAAUGAACCCAAAUAGGAGUUCUAUCACAGAAGGAGAAAGGAUAGAGGGGAAGGGAAUCAAGUUGAUUCCAAGCCAAAGGCCAGGCGGAGGCGGAACAACUCUGUCUUACAGGCCCUGCGGAAAGAAAUAAUAAUAUAAUAAUAAUAAAUUUUAUUUAUAUCCCGCUCAGGGCGGCUAACAACAAUCAAAAUAAUCCAGCAUUCUAAAAACAUUCAUUAUAAAAUUAAUUAAAAUCAAAUUGAUGGCAACCAUUAAGCAAAAUUCUGUGCAGAUUGCCAGAGGAGGGAGUCAGGCUGCGCCCUGACCAAAGGCCUGGUGGAACAGCUCUGUCUUGCAGGCCCUGCGGAAAGAUGUCAGGUCCCGCAGGGCCCUAGUCUCUUGGGACAGAGCGUUCCACCAAGUCGGGGCCACAGCCGAAAAGGCCCUGGCCCUAGUUGAGGCCAGCCUAACCUCUCUGUGGCCUGGGAUCUUCAGGAUGCUUUUAUUUGCAGACCGUAGGUUCCUCUGUGGGGCAUACCAGGAGAGGCGGUCCCGUAGGUACGAGGGUCCUAGGCCGUAUAGGGCUUUAAAGGUUAAAACCAGCACCUUAAACCUGAUCCUGUACUCCACCGGGAGCCAGUGCAGCUGGUAUAGUACCGGAUGAAUAUGAUCUCGCAGCGAAGACCCCAUAAGGAGUCUCAUUGCAGCAUUCUGCACCCGCUGGAGUUUCUGGGUCAGUCUCAAGGGCAGCCCCACAUAGAGCGAGUUACAGAUCCUACAGAUUUGAGGGUAAACCAUACACAGCACGGGUCUGCCCCUGUGGCUCGUUGGAAGUUGAAACUGCUUCACAUGUACUAUUACGUUGUCGUCUUUAUGAGGAUAUACGUUUGACUUUUACUACACCUGUUUUGCAAAAGUCCAGGAAAGAAUCGGAACACCAUAGUUUAAAAUUACUGCUAGAGGACAAGAAUCCCAAGACUACAUUAAAUGUAGCCAAAUUCUGUGCGUCCGCAAUUAAUCGCAGGAAGCAAGUGGUAUCCCAUAAUGACCAAACCCACAAAUGUUAAUUACAGGGGCCACGCUAAUAAUUAAUUUUAAUUUUUUAUAUUUAAAUCCUUGUUAUAUUCAUAUUGUUCUCUGUAUUUCUGAUUUUUUUUUUAUGAUCUGUGAUAUUGUGUGUGUUGACGCUGGUCUGUGACCGUAUUAAUAAAUUCAUUCAUUCAUAGAAUCAUAGAAUCAUAGAAUCAUAGAAUCAUAGAAUCAUAGAGCUGGAAGAGACCACAAGGGCCAUCGAGUCCAACCCCCUGCCAAGCAGGAAACACCAUCAGAGCACUCCUGACAUAUGGUUGUCAAGCCUCUGCUUAAAGACCUCCAAAGAAGGAGACUCCACCACACUCCUUGGCAGCAAAUUCCACUGUCGAACAGCUCUUACUGUCAGGAAGUUCUUCCUAAUGUUUAGGUGGAAUCUUCUUUCUUGUAGUUUGGAUCCAUUGCUCCGUGUCCGCUUCUCUGGAGCAGCAGAAAACAACCUUUCUCCCUCCUCUAUGUGACAUCCUUUUAUAUAUUUGAACAUGGCUAUCAUAUCACCCCUUAACCUCCUCUUCUCCAGGCUAAACAUGCCCAGCUCCUUAGCCGUUCCUCAUAAGGCAUCGUUUCCAGGCCUUUGACCAUUUUGGUUGCCCUCCUCUGGACACGUUCCAGUUUGUCAGUGUCCUUCUUGAACUGUGGUGCCCAGAACUGGACACAGUACUCCAGGUGAGGUCUGACCAGAGCAGAAUACAGUGGCACUAUUACUUCCCUUGAUCUAGAUGCUAUAUAUUCAUUCAUACAUACAGAAGGGAGAGGUGUCCCUUUGUGGAGGAAUCUCUGUGUGUUUGGCUCUGGCUUCCCAAAUUGCAUUUUAGUGCCUGGGAUGGAGAACUGGGACUGCCCCCCCCCAAUUCUUCCCAUUGGGGCGGUUGUCCUGCACAAGCCCCACCGAGCCGAGCAUGAGCUGUGCGAGAGCUCAGUUGCUCAGCACCGCACUGGAUCCUUGCAAAACUCACCGCUCUGCUUUCCCCCUAGGUAUGCCAUCACCAUCUGGUAUUUUGAUGCCAAAGAGCGGGCAGAAGCCAAAGGGAGGCACCAGCUGGGUACGUGGACGGACAACUAGGUGCUGGGGGUCACCGGCACCGGGGAGUGGGGUGGGGGUAGCCGGGGCACAGAGGGCAGGCCCACAGACCGACUGCUAGCGCUUGGGGCUCCGUUGGCACUGGUGCGGGAAAAGGACUUCUGAGCGCGUGCAGAGUUCCUCCCCUCUGCACAGCCUCCUGGAAGCGGGUGAGGGUGGCAGGGCCCCCUAAAAAGUCCCUUUUGCAGAAAAGCUGACCUCUUUGGAGUCACCUUUGUUCUUUUUUCCCCUCUAAAGCUCAGAAGAAGGGGGCAGAGCCCUCUUCCGGCGGGGCGCAGGAAAACGGGCCGACUUGACGGACAGCCGUGCGUUGCCGCCGUGGGAUCCUGACCGCCAAAGACCUUCUGCUCUCUUUGGCCAUUUCAAGCUGCCUGUUGCCACCUUUGCUGCUGCCUGUGUCCGCUGACGCUGCCCCCCCGCCCCCAAAUCUGGCCGGCUGCAGCUGGAAGGCCUUUGACCACAGCCCAGGAGGAGAGGAAGAUGAUGAUGAAGAUGAAGAAGAAAAAGGGGACUGUUGAGAGGCAGCUGGACCUUGAGAAGAAAGGGUGUGCGUGUUGUGUGUGUGUGUGUGUGUGUGUGUGUGUGUGUGUUUGUGUGAAUGGGCCCGGCAUCUGUAGGUGCAGCCCCCCAGGGAGAGGGUGGCCUUUGUGUUUUCCUUCUGCUUUGUCAGAAGGGUCCCCGGGUGCCGGGAAACCCUUGUCUAGCAGGACCCUCCCGGUCUACCCCUGCCUGCCCCCAGCGCCAGCGCUUGGUCCUGCUCAUUUUAAUCCAUCUGCGAAAUGAGAGAGAGAAAGAGGGAGCAGGAAACGAGGGAGUGCGGAAGAGCAGAAAAAGAGAGGGGUGGCGAGAGAACGAGCCGCCCCGUGGAUGAGACGGAAUAAACAUCAGCUCAUGGAAACGAC